CUGCGUUCAGGUGCUUUGAGCCUCAGAGGUGGAAGGACAAUGGAUUACAGCAGAAAAACAAACAAUUAUUUAUGACAGAAAAACCUGUGGAAGUUUCUAUGAAGCUUCCAAAAGAGGACUGACCAAAGUGAAGCAGAAAGUGUUCACUUCUAUCUUUCAGUUUUUCCCAAUACUUCCUCUUGCCUUAGACCCUGUCUGCGUCCUUUAAUUUCUCCACCUAUAAAUGAUCAAACCUGAAACCCCUCUCCUCUGUCUUUUAGCCACUGCCUUUUCCCUCCUGUGCUGUACUUUCCUCCUCUCUCCUCUCCUCUGUCAUGUCUGUAUCCAUGAAGAACACGCCACAGCGCCGCCGCUCUCUCGGUCCAGUCUCACCCAAGCGCAUCUACAGAAACCUCUCCAUCAAACUGAGGGGGGGAGAGCCCUGCGUUUCCGAGGACGCGGACACACCCAGGCACCUCACCAAGAUUGCAGAUGCCUACAAGACCCUGUGGGAAGCGGUGGAAAAUGAGGACACGUUGGCCGUACAAAGCCUGCUGUCCAGAGACCACACCGUCUGUGCUGGUGGAGGCGGAGGAGUAGGAAGCAUGUGGGAGAGAGGAGAGAAGAAGGAAAAGAACUGGGAGAGAGACAGGGAGAAGGGAGUAAACAGGGUGAGUGAUCAGGGCCUGGUGCCACUGGAUGUAGCGGCUCUUACCCACAACUCCCCCCUCCUGCACGUGUUGACAAAGGCAGGAGCCAGGCACAACCCUGUUUUGUGCCGACCGUCUGAAUGGUCUCUCAAGCUGGAUGCUCUGGUGGCACUGGCAAGCAAACGGCUGAAAGGGAUUGAAGAAAAGAAGGAGUUGGUGAAGAAAACAGGGGCCGGGCCUCAGGUGCAGUCUGACAUCCAGAGACACCUUCGCCUGUGGAGCCUCAGGCUGCAGCUGUACUGCCGCAUGAGGGAGAAUUUCCUGAACACAGAACUCCCUGGUCCUCCCAGCCACGUGUCUGUCGUGGUGACCAGUGCGUCCUCUCUGUUUGUGACAAUCAAAGAGCCAGAGGGGGGGACCACGGGGCUAAUCACCCGCUACAGAGUGGAGUGGAGCUCCUCAUCCAGCUUCAAACGUGUCGUCGGAUCGGCACAAGUUACCGAAACCAAGAAUCCCUCCUACAGUAUCAAGGGACUCGUAGCGGGAGUGCAUUACUUUGUGAGAGUGAGUGCCUACAAUGUGAAAGGAUGGGGCCCGCCUCAGUGCUCUACCCCAGUCAGUGCUGCCCCCUCCAGUUGGAGGGAGUGCAGUGGUGUGAAGUCGCAGUUCAGAAACCACCAGGGUCUGGUGAGGAAGCUGCUGGAAGACGCCCGGGAGUCGCACUACAGAGGAUACUCUAUAGAGAGCCUGAAGCCCCAAAGUCCCAGCAAGCGCCUCUCUGUGUCUCGCGGCAUCAAACAACUGUUCCAGUCGGCCACCAAGUUUGUUCGCCUCCUACAGAGGGGCGUGUACCUGGCAACAGUAUUCUACCACAAGGAAAACAUUCUGGUGACAGCUGAAGACCAAAUCCCCCUAGUGGAGAUUCAGUGCUGUUCCACCUCCAUCAUCCAUGACUUCCUCUGGUUUGCUAAGCUGUCGUACGCUUGGCAACAAGUGCGCUGGCUGCAGCAGGCCCUGUUCUCUGCACACUCAUCUUCCUCUUCCCUCCUUCAGAACCGGCACAACAUCCUGCGAGCGGUUUUCCUGCUGCAGAGUUCCCUGGGAACCGUGGACCUGGGCCAGGUGUACUACGAACCUCUGAAAGACCGGCAGGGAAACGUGCUCCUGGUGACAUUAAAGGAGUUUCCAAAUCCUCACAGUCUUCCUGACCCUCCGCUCCACUGGAUGCCCCUGGCUCGCCUGGAGAAGAACCGUAACAGAACGCCUCUGCUCCCCGAGCCCACGGCCAUGGACAUGCUGUUUGAUCAGCUCAAGGACAAGCUGUACUUCCACAGGCACAGCAUCCAGUGGGCACAGCCAGGCCUGUAUGUGGGGAUCCUGAAACUGUGUAGUUCGUUGGAACAGAUCCGGGUCCUGGUGCCGCAGAAGUUGCCUAAUCUGCUUUGCCACACGCGGGUUCGACACAACGCCCAUGUGUCCAGGGAGGAGUGGGCGUGGCUUCAGAGUCAUGUUUACACCACAGUCACAGACAGUGUUCCCAACCUGUUGAGCGGAGACGACGACAGUCUGAUGGAGAACAGCGGGCUGGUGGAGUUUGUCACCUCCCUGAGAGUCGCAAUCACACACAUGCUGACGAAGCUCAACAUCCCCCUCUACAGGGCCUACCAGUAUGGUGUCUACACCCGCGAGCUGCUGCAGUUUGGAGAAAACGUAUCAAUGAUUCUGCUGCUGCCCCCUAGUGAGGACUUCAGCUCCAGUUACUGGCCCCUGGUGGGAACAAAGGAGGCAGGAUUCACUAUGCCCCUGCAGAUUUUUGAGUUAGUUCACUUCUGGAGGUACGAGCGGGACUUUCUCUCUGAGUAUUGCCAGGCCUGGGUGAGGCUGGAGCUGGACACUCAUCUGGCCCAGCAGGCUCUGCGGGAGGCGCUCGACACCAAGGAGGUGCAGGAGGCCAGGGAGCGGCUGAACAAGAUCACAGAGCUCGCUCACCGUUUGGACGUGGUGUGGCGGGACGCCCGCUGGAUCAUGGACUGUCUCCAGUGUGUUCGGUCCAAACAGUGGGUGGGGGCGGUGCCUCUGGGUCUGGUGAUGGGAGGAGAUCCACCACCACAUCCCGAAGGAGAGGAAGACGAGGACAGGUUGGCCAACAAACUGUCGUGGCCCAGUGUGACACAUCCACGGAAAGUCAUCACAGAGAGUUUUGUCAGCUCCACUCCAACAAACGUGGUCACAGCGGAGGUCUCCACCCCGGCCGGCGUCACGGCAGCUCAAGAUGACGCGCUGGCCCUGAUGGAAGGCGUUGCGAAGGGAGGGUACCCCGUGGACAUCACUGCCCAGUCCACUAUGGACCUGACGAGCAUCGGUUCUUCGGAAAUGGGAUGCGCCUGCGCCCUAAUUGAAUCUGGGCUGGAGCCCGCGGCCGUGGCCCAGCUGCAGGAGGCUGGCUUCAAUGUUUUUGUCACACAGGAGUCUCUCAGCAGCGAUCAGGACUUUUCUCCCUGCAUCACGGAGGUAAUCAAACCCAUGGAGAUGGCAGAGUUGGUGGACAUCCUGCCUACACUGAGCCUCUUUGAGGAGGAGACCCCUAGUGGUCAGCCUACAUCAAUCGUGAUGAACGUGCUGGAGAGCUUCGGACUGGGGAUUGAUGAAAACAAUACCUUGAUCGACUUGGCUUCUUCCACCUUGAUCACGGGGGCCGGGUGUAUCCCCCAUCCUAACCUGCAGAGCAGCAGCAGUGACGUGAGCUUAGAGCACAGUGAGGACACGACGUCGGCUUCUCACGACAUCACGAGCUCUGUCGGUGACGUGUCAUGGGACACGCACGAGCAGCAGACUGUCAGUGUUGGAGUGGGUUUUCUGCCGAGGAGCCGUGUGGAGUGGGACGGACCGUCCAACAGUUCAUCCUGAUGUUGAGAUGAACAUCAUCCCACUUUGAACUGAUUUUAAAAGGAUUUUAAUCGACACCCUCUUUGUUUCACCGGGGUCUGUUUUAAUCACGGACUUCAGGUUCCAGUGUUUUCUGAAAUAUUAGUCAUAAUUCUAAGUCUAAUUAUAAUAUUAAUGCGUCUUCCUAAAAAAGCUUUUUCUCUGUUUUUAUCAAGAAAAUAUUCACGCACAAAGUUCCUUAAAAAAACAUUUCAAUUUUCUCGAAGUUCACAGAAUUACCUCGAUAAUUUUAAUCAAAUAUUCUUCAGUAUCACUCAGACAAAAUCACUUUUUUAGAUUUUCUUUCUUCUAUGAAAUGACUGACUUCCUUUAUGGUUUUAAAGAAAAUAUUUGUCAGUUAAUAUUGGACAUAUUAUCGGUUCAUUCUGGAUUAUCUUAAAGUUAUUUUAGAUAAUGCACUUUCCUAGACCGGCAGUGAAUUUUUUAUGUUUUCUUUCAGCACAGCCUGUCGCGUCACUCACUUCAUCUGUAGCAUCAGGUCGUAUUCAGUUUACCAGAUAAUACAGUAGUCAAGAGUUUUAGUUUUUAUUCUCGUUAUAAACAGUUGGUCAUUUUCCAGGUACUCUGCUCGUGUUCCUAAAAAUGUACUUUCCAAAAAUACCUAACCUAUUUUCUUUGCCUGCAUUGAGCCACUGGUAGAAUAAACAUUUUUAUUUCUUGGUCUCACCCUAA